GUAUUUCUGUCUAUUGAAAUCCUUUUGCUAAACAAGACCUUUUUUUGUCAUGUUGUUCUUAUAAAAUCUCUUUGAUAAAAGAACUGAAGAAUGGAAAUAAAAAAAUACAAUCUGAUGAUGUUGUGAGAGAAUGCAAAAGACAGUCAGUGUUUUUGUAGAAACUAUAUAGCAGGCCAACUUAGGUUUUUGUGCGUGCCUCUGAAUAUGCAUUCUGAGGACAUAAAUUAUAAUGGCAUAUGAUACGACAUCUCAGCCUUAUGUGUCUGAUAUAUGUCAGUGAACAUGGGUGGAGUCAGCACCAGAGAAGUGUAACUCUUCCCAGAGUGGGUGCUUCUUCCAUAUAAAGCAUUGCAGGAGCUCAAAGCCCUUGUUAGAACAGGAAUCCUCAGUCACUUCGGCUGCAGCACUGCUAUUGCUGCGUCUGGGCGCCCUGAUCCUUUGCACAGCUGCAGAAAGGCAGUGCAAUGAUUGAACUGGGCUCAGUGGAGGAGGGCAGCAGUCUGAUAGAUGAGCUGAUGAAGUUGACAUCUCAGAGUUUAUGUCAGCUCGAGAUUAAAGAACAUUUCAACAUCAUUAAAGAAAUUGGCCGUGGCAAGUAUGGCCAUGUGCUGCUGGUCACUCACCGCUGUAAAGGGACUCCAAUGGCUCUCAAAGUGCUUCCCAAAGCCUCGACCAAACUGCAGGGCUUCCUGAGAGAAUACUGCAUCUCCUUGCAUCUGUCUUGCCACCCCUGCAUCGUGGGCUUGUUUGGAAUCGCCUUCCAGUCCAACAAGCACUACGGAUUCGCCCAGGAGCUCGUCACGGGACGGGACCUGUUCGCCAUCAUCCAGCCACGGGUGGGCAUCCCAGAAUGCGCAGUGAAGCGCUGUGCUGUUCAGAUCUCUUGUGCUCUAGAGUUCAUCCACCAGCGUGGCCUGGUCCACCGGGACAUCAAGCCUGAGAACAUACUGCUCCUGGACACACACUGCCGGCGGGUCAAACUGGCCGACUUCGGCCUCACCCAGAGACAAGGAACCUUCAUCCGCUUCAUAUCAGGCACGCUGCCGUACAUGGCUCCAGAGCUGUGCGCCAUGGUCUUAGAGGAAGGUCAGAAGGAGGUGAAAGCCCCUCCGCUCAGAGUGGAGCCCACUUUAGACACCUGGGCCUUUGCUGUUCUUCUAUUCUGUAUCCUCACAGGCUUCUUCCCUUGGGAGCGCUGCAACGACAGCGACGAUUUCUACGAGGAGUUCGCAGACUGGCGCCGAGCGCCGGCAAAGACCCCCGUGCCGUCUCAGUGGAAAAGGUUCACACCCAUGUGUAUGCAGAUGUUCAGGAGGAUGUUAGCGCUGGAUGCCGUUUCUCGAUUAAAUCCAGUCAUUCAGCAGCAGCUCUUUUGCCACUCAGUCCGGCUGAGGGAGUGUGUUCUUGCGGGAAAGGGACGUCCAUGAAUACCCUCUAUUGCUCAAUCUAUUAACAAUAACUGCAAAACCAGGAGUAAAAUAAACGAUAAAUGUUGCCAAGCAAUAACCAAAAUA